AUGCCGGGGCCCAAAAGGCCGGACGAAGGUGAAUCUGAGCCACCUCGUUCGAGAAGUCCGAGGACUCGGCUCCUGCAUAGACCACGGUAUUUGCAGCCGGAACCUUCUCCGCCUGAUGCACCGCCUAGUGGUCCGCCUCCUCCGGUGCCUGUCCACUAUGCUGCUGAUGAUGCUGCAACCCUUGCAGAUGACUCACCCCCAAGCGGAACGGACUCUAUGGAUUCCGACGAGAUCACCAUUCGAGAGCUGGCUGAAGAAGCCCGGCGGCUUCGUGCGGAAAGGGGCCCAGCCAAACCCACGACAGCCUCUACACGGACGCAUGCUGCCGCCAACACUCUACCAGCUCCCCGCGAGGAUCAUGAAAACUCGGAGUCUGAAUGCCCGGCGGAGGACGACGAGAUCGACGAGAACCCCUUCGACACAUCCUCUAGACCGGAGGACGACCUUGCUGCAGCCAAAGCCACACCUUCGCUUCUCAUGGAUGCGUGGUGGAACUGGGAAAAACAGGUGCCGCUGCUGAUUUGUAUAUCUGCCCUCUACCGGUACAUGCAGUGCAUCUACUACAUUUGCCAGGUCUUCUACCACCUCCUUUCGGACAUUCGGUACGGUGGCACUCUUAGAGUACCUGCAGCUUCUCCUACUACGCCCACGUCUCCUACAAAGCAGUGCCGCCUGGGUCCCAAGUCCCAGGGUGCCGGAAGCAUUCGAUGUUUACGCACACCACUUCUACUUUUGCUGUUGAUAGCAUGGAUACCAGCAGCAUGUGCCGGCACAGAUGCGAGGGUUGAUUCUGAUUCCCGCCCGGUUUCUGGAGCCCUUCGGGGUGAACUUUUAGGUGGGAGCACCGCUUGCACGACUACUUUUCCGGCGCCAUGCUCAGGCAGGCAACGAAUUCGAAAACGAGCUUUUGCCCGAGCGCUUCGUCGAGCACGUUCCUCACAGGAUGGAACAACCGUCUAUCGAGGCCGAACUCUUCGUGCGCCCCAACAUAGUGAUCCACACCCAAAGCCCACCAGGCCCUCUGCAAAGACCACGUCCUCGCCUACAACGCGGCAGCGCUCCAGGCUUCGCACUUUCAGUCUGAAUGUUGGUGGUCUUGACGCCACAACGUUUGAUUGCCUUAUGGCCUGGCUUCCUAAUGCACCGUAUGAUAUCAUAGCUCUGCAGGAAAUCCACCAUGGUCUGGGGAAAGAGUCCUCACACUGGUCCUCGGCAGGUUGGACCUUCAUAACCAGUGUCGAUCCUUCCUCUAGAUUUCAGGGCCUAGCCACGCUGGUUCGACAGGACUUCCAGGGUGCUGCGGAGAUUCACCACAAGGAGAUCAAACCAGGCCGUUUGCUACAUGUACGCCUCGCACGACCCGAAUAUCACAUAGAUGUGGUGAACUUUUAUCAACAAGCUUAUCAGCCAGACUCAGCGGGACACAAUCUCUCCAAACGACACAGUCUGUGGGACAGCCUAAAUGCCACUAUACAACAACUGGCCAGGCGAAACAUGCUGGUUCUGCUGGGCGACUUCAACUGCACCCCGAUUUAUGUCGCGGGACACAUCGGAUGCUCAUUGUCCAGGGCUGAGCUCUACUCGGAUGCUGCAGAAUUUACCACCAUCCUGGAAGCUAACCAGCUGGUUGUACUCAACACAUGGUCUCGACGUCGCCUGCUUCCUACCUUUACAGGUCCUAGGCAUCAGUCCAUCAUUGACUUUAUCAUCACCCGACAGGGACAUGCAGAUGCAGUGGCUCGACGUGCUCUACCCAAACGAGGCUUCACACUCAGUCCGUGGCGUCAAGGGGGCAAGCAUCAUCCGGUUGAGGCCACUCUCCCUCUACAUCCAGGCUGGCAACGGGCCUCACCACGGCCGUCCACUCAGCCCAAAAGAUCUUAUGAUAACUUGGCUCUCACGGCUGCCGUCCGAGAUCGCACUCCGCAAUAUGAAGCCCUACGAGAAGCUUUCAGGUCCAAACUUGCGGCGGUACAAACCUCUGACCUUCAACAAAUUAACGAUAUUCUACUCGAUCUGGUUUGCAGGCUUUUUCCGCGAGCUCCUCCUCAACCACAGCUCCGGGCUUGGCAGACGUUGGAGGUGCAAACAUCGGUAGCGGACAUGUGGAGAGCACGGAGGCGAAUGCAAAGAUCGGCUGGCCACCCACCAGGCUCCUUUCGAGCAUGCUUUCAAGCAUGGCGACGACACCAGGAAUUUCAGAAAGCCUAUAAGGCCCUUCGCAAAAGGGGCCGAGAAGCUCGCAAAGCCGUCCUCGAGAACUACCUGGAACAGGCCCAGACUGCAGUUGCGCGGGGUGAUCAUGGCCUAUUGCAUCGCAUUAUUCGGCAAAUGGCACCCAAAACCCGACAUGCCCAGGUCCGUAUACAUGGUAAACAGGGCGAAAUGCUCACCUAUCAACAGGAGCAGCAGGCCAUUGUUGAACAUUUUGAGACUCUGUUUCUGUCUCGACAGACUGGAUGCACACUGUCUGCAGCUCGACCUUCAGCACACUACGAGGUCAGCCCGCUUAUGUUUCAGCAAGCCCUCGACUCGCUCAAGAUGGGCAAGGCAGUACCUCCGGGCAGCGCUCCUACCAGUGCGGUACGUGCAUGCUCGGACAUGAUCUCCACGAUUGCUGCUCCUCAGGCCGAGACCUGUCUGAAUGGGGCUGAGACGCCGUCUUUGUGGGCCGACUGUACUCUGGCACUCAUCCCCAAGCCACACAAAUCGGGGAAACGACCCGAAAACCUCCGACCUCUAGGACUACAAGAUACUGGCGCAAAGGCCUAUGCUAAGGUACUGAAGCAAUUACUUUUACAAGAAGUCAGCUCCACCAUAGCCGCUUUGCCUCUGUUUGCAUAUGUACCUGGUAAAAGCACAGACACUGCUAUUUCGCGAGUGACGGCCCACUGCAGACAAGUCCGCUCUAUGCAUGAAGGGCAGCAGGCCACUGUGCAUACACGUCGGGCCCAAAUCAAACAGAAAGUGGCCAUUGGCGGUAUACAACUUGCAAUCGAUCUUUCAACCGCUUUUGAUCGAGUACCUCGUGAACGGCUAUAUCAGGCAUUGAUUUGGGCAGGCGCCAGCGAAACAUUGGCACGGACAAUUAUAGACCUGCAUGAAGUUUGCAAGUACAGCAUUAAUCAUCGUGGACGUCACAGUCACAUCAACAUGCGACGUGGAGUACGCCAAGGAUGCACACUAGCUCCUUUGCUGUGGGUAGUGUACUCAGCCUAUGUAGCUGAUCAUCUAGGUCAAGAAUUGUCCCACACCUGGGUAUCGCAACAUCUGACACUGUACGCUGAUGACACACAUGCCAGCUGGCUAGUGAAUUCAUUGGGAGACCUUCGCUCAGCUCUGCAGGCCAUACCUGUUAUCUUUUCUGUAUAUCAACGAUUUGGAAUGCAGGUGAAUCCACAGAAGUCUGGUAUCAUCCUGGGUGUCAAAGGCCUGCUAGGCAAAUCUACUCUUGCACCCCAUGUACAUGGACCUCCAGAUGCCCGACGGCUUGUGCUUGGCCCCCCGCAUCAACAAUUGAUCAUACCUAUCAAGGAUAGCCUGACCUAUCUUGGUGUCAGUAUCUCCUAUGGCGGUUUCGAGGACACCACCCUGAAUUACAGACUGGAUGUGGCUCGUAAUACCAGAGGCCGGCUCAUUAAAAUUCUACAUGCUCGUAGAUAUCUUUCUGUUCGUAAGCGCCUCCAGCUUUACACACUGUGUGUCCGAACGGCGGCCUUAUAUGGUCUCAUGCCGGUUGGCCUCACCGCCGCUGGGCUGAGAAGACUACAUACCUUUGAGGUCAAACACGUUCGAGCUAUUUCACGUAGCCCGGUGCAUAUCACACGGGAACCUACGGAGGCCCUGUACAAACGACUUGGCUUGAUGCAACCCGGAGACUACCUGCUGAAGCUCUUGAAACAUCGAACUCGCACCCUAACCAAACUCCAAGAUCUGGCGGUAGCACAGUUUCAACAGCGAAUAGAAGAACUCAAGCAACACCUCGCAGCUUUGAGACAUGGUCUUCAGGAAGUCACGGCUACCCAAGUCUUUGCCUGCCCUACUUGUGGACAAUACUUUGACACGCUGCCAGGGAUGCGCUCUCAUCACACCAAGACUCAUGGAUGGAGACUUCAGGGUGAAAGGCCUGCUUUGCAGUCCGCUGCGGGGCCCCAACCCGAGCCUGCUUUGCAGUUCGCUGCGGGGCUCACUGCUGAAGGUGCAACAGAAAACGCGCUCCUGGCUCCUUUUGAGCUACCUGAAGUGCAAGCCUUGCUUUCCACUAACCAGUGGAAGGACGUUCUCAACAUCAGUGCGAUGAAAGACACUCUUCGGCAUCAUUGCGUGCUUUGCGGUCAAUGGGUAGCACGUGCACCAAGUUCCAUGAUUUUACAUGUGCGAGCUAUACAUCCAGAUUUGAUGCUGUACUGGGACGAUGCUAUGGCUCACAGUUUGACCCUCGCAGAAGGACACGCUCGGCCCUGCAAAGCCUGUGGAGCGACACCCCGUCUGAAUCAACCCAUAAUGGCCCACCAGGAGGAGACCUUUGGACCACAGGACCCCAUGACCAGGGGACAGCUAGCGGCGGAGGAAGUGCGGGACAUCUUGGGCGAGGCUAUGGCGACAAUGCAGCCCCGUCCACGGGAGGAUGUGGAUAUGCCUGCAGCCCCAACUCUGGGGAAGAGAACGGAGGAUCAACAGAUCCGACCCACCAAGUUUUCCAAGCCAGCGGGGAAGGGGCAGGGCCAAGGGCAGUCACCUACCAAGGGACCGGCAGACGACAAGCAGAACAACCCCAGCCCACCAGCAAGCUCCUGGCAAAACCCCAGGGGAUGGAAGGACCAGCAGCUGCAGCGCCGGCAAGGACAGGGCUGGAAGCAACAGGAGUGGGACGACGAAUGGUACCACCACAGCGAGGUGAAGGAGUUACGCCAAAUGGUGGAAGCUCUCCAGGAGCAUGUGAGGCUCCUGGCGAGGAUGGCCCUGCGGCACGAAGACGAGCUCUCACAAGCUCGCACAGAGCGCGACUUUCUUUUUACUUUCGAGCCGCCCACGAUCGAGGCAGACUCCAACAUGGUGAACAUGCUGGGCCUCAUGUUCAAGAUGGCGGUCCUCUGGAAGGAGAAGAAGGAGAAAGGGGAGGUGGACUCCUCUCUCAGGCUUGUUCUGUUCCUGGGCCUGCUUCGCCAAUGGACGAAGCAAAUCACCACCAACCUCGAGCAGCCGGAGGACUUGGAGCAACUGGCCAAGCUAAAGCUUCUUCGCCAGAAGGAUGCCGGGCAGGGCAUGGAGUGA